AUGGGCCCAGCUAUUGAUGUGACCAUAAACAGGAACACUAUUUACGAGGAUGCGUUCAAUCAGCUAACGGAAGACAAGGGUUAGGAGAACUCCGCGUUGUUAAAUACAGUGACUGCUUCAUUUGAGCCGUUAACAAUGUUUGUUGUUAAAGUUGUUUGUCUUUUUGUUUUUGAUUUGUUUUGUUACGUUUUGUUUCCUUUUGAUACCAUUACUGCUUCUCCUUGAGCCGAGGCAACAAUGGUUUUAGUAGUUUAUGAUUUGUUUCUUUGUCGUUUUGCUUUUGUUUCGUUUUUCAUAUCUUUUUUUCUUUGUUUAUUUGUUUUGUUAUUUUUUUUGUCACUGUUGGUCUAUUAGUUUUCACGUGAACGAUUUUGAUAGUGGCAAUGCAUUUUGAAAUACUGUUUCUGGGUAAAAGUUAAGUUAUUUCAAUCUCUUUGAUCCCUGUUGUGAUGUUGCUUUUGGUGAGCACCGUGCCACUGGGCUUACUGUAAGGCUAAAGGCUUGUUUUCAAUUCUUUGUCUUUUUCCUCACCUUUAAACCUUGAUGUCACUUGGUGCUAUUUAAAGUAGGCUAGGACCCUUUUACAUGAAGACAAGUUGUCCUGGCAGGAAAGAUACCACUUGAGCGAGCGAGAAAAGUUGGCUAGUUUGCCAGAGCCAAGAGUUGACAACAACGUUCGCAUAUGCUCUUAUUGUCUCGCUUUGAUCAAGUUUACCCGCCUGGCGAGCCAGUUUUUAUAUGGAGAAAAGUUGGCCCUUCUAGGAGGAUGACGCUGCCAUCGAUAAAGGGUAACCCGGGCUGGUGGGUCACCCUUCUAGCUGAGCCAACAUUUUGUUUCUCGCGUAAACGGUUCGCCAAGUUUUGUAAGGAAUUAUAAGUAAGUACCUCGGGUACUCGAGUGGCCACUUUACCCGAGACAAGUUUUCUCCAUCCGAACAGGGCCUUAGCUGCAUUGUAUGCGCCUUUCAUUUCAUGUUGUAAUGUUUCUCUUCAGUCCCUAACCUAAGACAAAAGUUGCGAGUGCGUAUGAUCAAUGCCCAAGGUCUGGAGGAGGCCGGUGUGGACGGUGGCGGGAUUUUUAGGUAGGCAGCCUCGUUGGGAUGAUGAUGACUACGGAAGGUCAUUGUAUUGUGAUCUUGCAAACGUUUAUGAAUGGUUCAUUAAAACGGGAAUGAAAGUGCUGCGCAGCCAUUUUUAGUGUCGUCAAAACUGCGUUUGUGGGGAGGAGCGUUACGUGACGACACUAAAAACGGCUGUGUAGCAGAUUAUAGACAAGCUCUUUUUUUUUUAAACUCGGAAGAGGCGAAUUGACUGGCGAGCUCUCCCAAUCCCUUACGCCUCGUUGGCGUUCGCUUUACUGCUAUUUUUUGUCAAAAAGAGAACGUGCUCUCAGGCUUAAUGUAUCCGAGAGGCGAGAUCAUCCUUUGGUCUUCCUUUUUUUCCCUUGAUAUGCCAGGACGUGGCCUCUUGAACAAAAUAUAUCCCCGUAAUGGCGUUAAAUUCUAUUUUUAUUUAUUCAUUUUUUUUAAAGCACGGACAUUCGGCACUGCCAAUUUAUUGAUUGACUAUUAUGUUAAAUAUUUAGGGAGUUUUUAAUCCAGCUGCUUAAAGCAGGAUUUGAUCCUAACAUUGGCUUUUUUAAGUCGACACACGAGAGGCUACUCUACCCUAACCCUCAGGUGCGUACAUGCCGACGUUAUCCUUCAUUUGUUCUUAAAAUAAUAAUAAUAAUAAUAAUAAUAAUAAUAAUAAAUACUUUUUUAUUGUGUAAACAAUCGGUGAAAGGUUUGAACCCAGGAGUCAUUUCAAAAGAAGGUUGAGUUUGAUCGUCCGGGUGAUCGAACGGGUAAACAAUGUUAUUAAAAACUGAAUCAUUGGAUAAUGGCAUUCUAGAGCUCUGAUUGGCUUAGCCAUCAUGGUAUAUGAGCCAUUAUACCAUGGUCUCCAAAUAUGGUAACUGUACGCGUCUGCUCAAAAUUAAAAACAAGCUGAAUAUCGGUUGUUUAUGCAAAUUUAGUCGGAAAGAAUUCGCAUUAUAUUUUGUGGGCGUUUUUAAUAAAACAAUUAUCCACUCACGCUUGCUGGAUAUGAAAUGAUUAUAGCCAACUCAUCGCUCUGCGCCUCGUUGGUUAUCUGCCAUCUCAUAUCCAACGCGCACUCGUGGAAUAAUUGUUGAUUACACAACAGUACGAUAACAAUAUCCUGUGAUGGGUCAACUUUGCUAAAAGUUUCCCUUUAUUGUAGGUUCACUCUGAACAGCACAACUAUUAUAUUCAGGCCAUAUUUUAAUAUGUUUAUUUGCUUUUAUUAUCCAGGCGUCUUUAUUAGCAAGAGAUUUUCUGAAACAUUACCGUUUUCUCGGAAGAAUGUUAGGAAAGGUUUGUGUCCUUUAUUUUUUAUUUUUUAUUUUUUAUUUUUUUAUUAAUUUAUUCUUUCUCUCAUUUCUUUAUUCAUUCAGUUAUUCAGUUAUUCAUUUACUCAUUGGUUCAUUGAUUCGUUGAUUUAUUCAUUCAUUCAAUGAUUCAUUGAUUCCUUGAUUUAUGGAUUUUAGUUAUUUGUCUAUCUCUCUAUUUAUUUUGUUUAUUUAUCAUUUAUUACAGUGGACAGUUCAGAUAGAAGGGAAAAAUUGUUAGACAAAAUUACAUUUUCGGGUAAUCAUAUUAGAGGUAAUAAAAUAAAUUCAUAGCUUGUUAGAAUUCCCAGGGUUUUGAUGUGAUGGGCUAACACUGACAACUUCGGCGUUACCGUCAUGUUCUUCAUUUUUAUUCUCUUAUUAUUUUCAGGCUUUGUAUGAGAAGGUGUUGGUGGAGUUACCAUUUGCCAGAUUCUUCUUAUGUAAACUUCUCAGUAAACCUGGCACUGAUGUGGAUAUCCAUCAUCUUGAGUCGCUUGAUCCAGAAAUGUGCAGGUACUAUCAUGACUCUUGUUUUGUCUUUCAGUUUUUCUUUGUUCGUCCUAGCCUCUUUAAGUGUUUUUUUAUGUUUGCCCCUUGUACUUUAUCUUACUACAAAUAUUAAUACUAUUAUAGUAAUUUUUCUCGAAGUUCAUGAAAACGAUGAGAAAGGCUAUGUCCGUCGUUUUCACUCGCUGAAAGCCAUGAGACGCCGAGAAUUAGAAGGUUAUCUAACGUGACAUUGUUUUUAUGUGCAUUACAAUAUUUGUUUGCCUUUUUUGUUUUUGUUUUUGUUUUUUCUAUUUGUUUCUUUCUAUUUUUUGGCGUGCCUAGGAACUUGCUGUCCAUCAAAAACUGGACAGGAAACGUUGAAGAUCUGUUGCUCGACUUCACAGUGCUGAAUAAUGACCUAGGAGAAUGUCAGGUAAUUGACUGAGAAACUGUCAACAAAAAAGUACAACCGGACUCUGCAUUUGUUGCUCAAUAAAAUUGUUAUUUUUGUCGAAACAAACUACAGCCAUCUCUCCUUACUCCUCGCCGCUAAGAACGUUUCAUGGGACGUUCCUUGCGGCGUGGAGCGAGAAGAGAUAGCUGUAUGCACAGGCUAGCUUUCGGAAAAACUGGCUGAAUUUCAGAGUAUUUAAAACUCUUUCCCUACCCCCAUCUCCGCUAAAUUCCUCCCUCUUCGCUUUCCUUCCCUCCUCUAAUUCAUCUCUUUACAGAUCACUUCACGAUUGAAUCGAAAGUUCUCUAAAACAAAUUUGAUGUAAUUACAGUUAGCUCCCGUUCCAAACGUUGACCUUAUCUGGAACUUGUAACUUGCCAUUAUGGCUCGUUACACCGCAAUCGAUCCAUCUUAUAACAAAUUGAAUUGAAUAAACAAAUAUUCACAACCUGAAAGGGAAGCUGUGUUCCUGUCUCUCUCUUUCAACCCUCUAUUCUUCCUCUUGAUGAGCUGACCAUAGCCGAUAAGCUAUAUGAAACCCAAAAACACCCUAUCUCUUCUUAACUCUUUUUGUAUUUUUUUUUUUAUGUUGCUUUUCUCGUCAAGCAUUUUACUUUCUUCUCACAGGUUGUGGAGUUGAAACCGGGUGGCAGGAACAUUCCAGUUACUAAUAGCAACAGAAUAAGUUAUAUUUACCUUGUUGCCGAUUACAGGCUUAACAAACAGGUCAGUUUAAUUCCAACUCGGCAGUAGCCCCGGCCGCAAAGUUCGCCAAUUUAUUGUAAGCGAAUUUCUAGAAAUGUUCAUCUUCCUCUUGUGCUUGCAAAAUAGGAAAUUUCACUUCCUAGUCGUAUAGUGAUGUAAGAUAAAUGUACUAUCUACCGUACACUGAAGACAGUGCUAUGUACUGUGCUGGAUAGGUUCUAAUGAUCAAUAAUUGGAAUUGAAUAAAUCUGAAAAAAAAGUUCGUCCGUAUUAUCAUCGGAUUUCCACUAUUCCAUGUUCGACAUGUUACGGUGGUGCUUUCCUCUGUUUCUUUGUCAUGUAAUUAAUGCUUCUGAGAAUGAGAGAUAUCCUUCUUAAACUAACUAGUUAACACCAAGCAGCUAGUCGUUUCACGCUGUGUAGUAACCAAGUAGUUCACCCUCUCCCAUGAUAAUUUGUCAGACUGUGGUCGUUGUACAAACAAAUGACGUUGUAAUGGGCUAAAUGUGUUGCAGAUUCACCGGCAUUGUCAAGCCUUCAGGGCGGGACUGUCAGAUGUUAUUAACUUGGAAUGGCUCCGAAUGUUUGAUCACAAAGAGCUUCAGGUGAAUUUUCUGAUCUUUUUCUAUUAGGCCAUGAUAGUCUUUGGGGUUGAUCGAUUGAUUAAUUGAUUGAUUAUUUAGUUCAACAUAUUAAACUCACUGUUGCUAUCAUAAUUGAUGUAGAGCAACAGUUCGUUUCCUUUCUUUUUCUCUGCGUCUCUCUCUGAUAUGAUAUAGACCAAAUCUCUGUCAAAAUGCGAGGCUCAAAUCAGCGUUCGUUAGCCUUAGAAACCAGCCGACGGUUAGCGGCGCCACGGGUUUCACGAAGAGACUUUGGUUAUUAAUUUUUUCAGUCCAUGGACUGGUUUACUCUGAUAUUUUGAUUGCUUUUUUUUGCUACAAUUGCUCUCCAUGU